AUGGAUUCGAAAAGAUCCAAAUCAACUGUCAUUUUCCUAUCCACUAACAUUUUCUUCUUUGUCCUCGUAAGUGCAUGCAACACACCAUCUCCACCAAUGCCAAAGCCAAUUCCAAACCCAACCCCUACCCCAACUAAGGGAAGUUGCCCAAGGGAUGCCCUGAAGUUAGGGGUAUGUGCCAAGUUGCUGAGCAUUGGAACUGUAAUUGGAAACCCUCCAGAUACUCCAUGCUGCUCCAUACUUGGCGGCCUUCUUGACCUUGAAGCUACAAUUUGCCUUUGCACCGCUCUGAGAGCCAACAUUCUUGGAAUCAACCUUAACAUCCCUAUUUCACUCAGCUUGCUCGUCAACACUUGCGGGAAAAAACUCCCCUCAGACUUCAUCUGUGCUUAG